ACGAGAGUUGAUAAUGCCAAUUUAACGCAAAAGCUUUGAAUGGCGUAGGUGGAAAUAUGACCAGAAAAUAAAUGGUGUUGGUGGGGAAACUCAAACCUCCCCUCUAAUCCACUCCUCAAAUCCAAUCCCCCAUAAUUAUAAGAACUAAUUUUGCCUUACCAAGAGCAGUCCGUUAUAGUCACAUCCUCAGUCAGUCAAGAAGACAAGGAAAAAUGGCUGAAAACGAACCCCAAGUUCGCGACCGAAAGCGAAUCAGGCAACCCCCCUCCGUGCCAUUCCUUUGGGAAGUGAGGCCCGGGAUGCCCAAGAAGGACUGGAGACCCGAACCUCCUUCUCCCGCUCCCCAAGUCCCAUCCCAUCCCGUAAAGCUUAUUGCUUCCGUCCCAUUCCCACCAGAGACACCGUCAUCCUCUCCAACAGAGAGCAUGAAUGAUCCACCCUUGCUAUUGUUGCCUCCUCCUAUGCCGGAUAAUCAUGAACGUGACUCCCCCCCUCCUUUUGAUGAUGAUGUUGGGCAAGAAGUGUCCUUUGGAUCUGAAGUUGAAUCUUUCAGGUUUGAUUUGAAUGAGCCAAACUCGAUCCCCCAAGUUCCGUCCCGCCCUAUCAAGCUUGUAGCAUCAGUUCCCUUUCUGUGGGAAGAGAAGCCAGGAAAGCCACUGCCUUAUUUUUCACCCCAACACACCAACAUUAUAGAUUUUCUGUUGCCUUUGCCACCACCUCCUUCAUGGAACAGCUACGAAGAAGUAAGCAGCAGCCACAGCAAUGAGGCUGAUGGUGAUGCAGAUGCCAAGCAGGAAGGGGUAUAUAAAUCUGACGUCCGACCAUUCACUUUCGAAAUAUCCAGACCUCCUUCUGUUCCCCGAGCCCCAUCACAUCCCAUCAAGCUUGUCGCAUCAGUCCCAUUCAUGUGGGAGGAGAAGCCGGGAAAACCCCUGACCUCAUUCCCACAAGCAAACCCUCCACCACCAUUGGGAAUCUAUGACCUAAAACUUGACCUUUGCAAAGAUUGCAACAAUCCUGAUGAGCACCAACAAGAGAUGUCUCAAUGGGAAGUCGAAUCAUUCAGUUCCGAAAUGAAUGAGGAGGGGUCAUUCAGCUCGGCAUGCUCACUCCUAGCAAACUGCCUCAUGCCAUCUUCAGCUAUCUCCAUUGCCCUUCCUGUGGAGGAGACAGCAACAUCAUCAAACGAGAACAGUCCCAAGAUGGUAUCGUCAUCUUCUUCUAGCUCAUUGUCAGCUUCAGACCCAGAGAGCAAUAUGAGCAGUUAUACAACUGGGGCUUCAGGCCCGGUGGGUCCAGCCUUCUUGGAAUGGCUCUUCCCACUUUUCCAGCCCAGAUCAGGAUUUCUUGAGCAGAGUGGAUCCCACGCAAGAGCGACAGCUUCCACUGCUCCUCAAGAAGUGGAAGGUCAAAAUUUCAGUAGCCAAACCAAUGGAAGCAUUUGUUUGAGAAGGCCAACAACUCUGGGGGAGCUGAUAAUGAUGAGCCGGAGGAGGAGCUAUAGAAGGAAAGCUGUGCAGAUGAAAAAACAAAAUCCGUCUAUGCAUGAAUUCAUGAAGAAAUCUGCUUUUGGAUGUGGCAUCCUCGGCCGCAAACUGAUUGAAGGAUUGAAGCUCAAGCGUCAGCUGAGACUGAAACUCGUGUAA